CGGAGCAGGGUGGAGAAAGGGCCGGCAGUGGAUGCUGGGCAGCUGGCACAGGUCAGUCUCACCCGGAGCUCAGCCUCUCACUUGGCCGGGUAAGAGGCGGCGGCCGGCUGACAGCAGCAUCCUGCACCAACUACUCCCUUGUUUGCCCAUCACUUCCAGCAGGGGAGGGGACCGGUCCCGGCUUGUAACACCGGCGGCGCCGUGCGGGCUUCACUCAUGCAAACCACCUUCUGCCCCAGCCCGGCGAGGGAGAGCGCCGCACCCCGCAUGAAUGACGAAUAUACUUCAUCUGAAGCAUAAAAGUACUCGAUUCUGGAAAAACACGUGAAAGCACCUUUAGCAUUAAAAUCAGGAAGAAGUAUGAAAGAACAGUCUGUCUGAUACUGAAUUUCUGGGCCACAACAUCUCGCAGAGAACAAAAAAUGUCUCUCUCUAAAAACAUUGCUGCUACUAUCCUUGAAGAAUGGUGUUUGGAGGAACCACUGUUUAGGUGUAGGAGACAUCAGAAUGUCAGGAAAAAACUAAGACUGAUACGAAUAAUAGGUCUUUUCAUGAGCAUAAUGGCCAUUAGCACUUUCUCUCUUUCAAUUAGUGCCUUUUUCAAGAUGGAGCCACAUAGCACAGAGAUGACCAGUAGUCUAGGUAGCCAAAAGUCAAUGCAUGGGCAUCAAAGAACUCUGUUGGACGUCAAGGAACAGAAUCAAAAUGGCACUCCAGAUUCACCUAUUUCUAUGAAAUAUGAAACUGAACACAAUAAUGCAACAGAAGAACACUCCAAGGGAGAGUACCCAAAAGACCUUUUUUCUCUUGCGGAAAGAAGAAGGGGGGCAGUAAUCCUCCAUAUCAUGGGAAUGAUUUAUAUGUUCAUAGCCUUAGCCAUAGUCUGUGAUGAGUUCUUUGUUCCUUCAUUGACUGUCAUCACUGAGAAGCUAGCCAUAUCUGAUGACGUGGCUGGGGCAACAUUCAUGGCUGCUGGUGGUUCAGCUCCAGAACUCUUCACAUCUUUGAUAGGAGUCUUUAUAUCUCACAGUAAUGUUGGUAUUGGAACAAUAGUAGGAUCUGCAGUAUUCAAUAUCCUGUUUGUUAUUGGAAUGUGUGCUUUAUUUUCUAGAGAGAUCUUGAACCUUACCUGGUGGCCGCUCUUUAGGGAUGUGUCCUUUUAUAUCAUGGACUUGAUCUUGCUAAUAAUCUUUUUUUUGGAUAAUUUAAUCAUGUGGUGGGAGAGCUUAACACUACUGAUAGCUUAUUUUUGUUAUGUGACUUUCAUGAAAUUCAACGUUCAAGUAGAAGAAUGUGUGAAAAAAAUUUUAAACAGGAACAAAGUUGAGAAGGUAACAACGGCAGAUUCUGAACAAAAGCCACCUAAUGCUGGGGACAAGGAUGACCAAACACUGACGACCAAGCCACGUCUCCAGCGAGGCGGGAGCUCUGCAUCUCUCCACAACAGUCUAAUGAGAAACAGCAUCUUUCAGCUUAUGAUUCACACACUCGACCCACUUGCCGAAGAGCUUGGAUCAUAUGGAAAACUAAAAUAUUAUGACACAAUGACUGAAGAAGGAAAGUUCAAAGAGAAGGCCUCAAUUCUUCAUAAAAUUGCCAAAAAGAAGUGCCAGGUGGAAGACAGUGAAAGACGGAAUGGGGCUGCUAAUCAUGCUGAAAAAAUUGAACUCCCAAAUACUACAAAAGUGGAAGUUGAAGUAACACCACCAAAUGAUGGUUCAGGACCAGUGCAAAAUGGAAACAUUGCCCAUGGAAUUGAAGAGAAUUCAGAAGACGAUGAUGAAGAGCAGCCUCUCAGCCUGGCCUGGCCUGACACCCUACGCAAACAGCUCAUGUAUCUUGCUGUUUUCCCCAUUGUUUUUCCAUUGUGGAUUACCCUGCCAGAUGUCCGAAAGCCUCCCACCUGCUUCUCAAUCUCAGAUCUUGGACUCUAUCAAGAAACAUGCACAGAAUCCUCCAGGAAAUUUUUUCCUGUCACAUUCUUUGGAGCAAUCACUUGGAUAGCAGUUUUUUCUUAUUUAAUGGUCUGGUGGGCACACCAGGUUGGCGAGACCAUUGGCAUUAGUGAAGAAAUCAUGGGAUUGACUAUGUUAGCUGCAGGAACCUCUAUUCCUGAUCUAAUUACCAGUGUUAUUGUGGCACGAAAAGGCCUAGGUGAUAUGGCAGUAUCCAGCUCUGUUGGAAGCAACAUCUUUGACAUCACAGUGGGUCUUCCCCUUCCGUGGCUCCUGUACGCUGCAAUUAACGGCUUCACCCCGGUGAUUGUCAGCAGCAAUGGAUUGUUCUGUGCUAUCGUCCUCCUCUUCAUCAUGCUACUCUUUGUCAUCCUCUCCAUUGCGCUCUGCAAGUGGAGGAUGAAUAAAUUCUUGGGCUUCACCAUGUUUGGUCUCUAUUUCAUAUUCCUAGUCAUCAGUGUCCUUCUGGAGGACAAAGUGAUCUUGUGUCCCGUCUCCAUCUAGUAGGAAGUGCCAUUUCUCGAACAAAACAAAUAUCUGCAAUGGACAGCAUCCCCUGAGAAUAAACAGUGGAUCCACAACCCUUACAAAAAUAAAUACAUAAAGAAGAUAAAAAGGGCUGGAUUUGAAGUGGAAAAAGUAUUCAGCUGAUGCAUUUGCUGCUGAACAAAACAGUUACACGUAAGAGGUGAGAUCAGCUACCUUUAGGCUUCUUUGCAUGUCACUUGGAAGAUCUCACUGUUCACUGGCAGAGGUCCUGUAUGUGUGUUAUAACAAUGCAAGUUCUUAUAUAUACUACACAUAUGCUAUGUUUCCCUGUAUCUCUUUCUCUAUAUUAAUAUAUGCCUACAUGCGGAAACAAAGAAUAAUAGAUACAUACAGGUAUAACCUUGCAAGGAGAAUGCUAGUAUCCAUUUCGGGGAAGCACAAACCUCUAGUUGGGGAUUUAUGUAGUUACCUGUUGAAUGUAUCAGUGGAAGAUGUUAGCCAACAGCAUCUGCAUGAGUAACAGACAGAAAAGGACUCACACGUCGCCUCAUUCAGAUGGACUCAUAUGCUGUGAGCUUGCACACAUUUUGGACAUCCACAUUGUGGACCUUUAGAAGCCCUUGGCGAAGUGAACAUGAUGUUUCAAUAGAAUCCUGCUAAACUCUGCAGCGUCCAAACACUCUGGCUCUAGCACUGAUGGUGAACUGUAGGCUGACUCAUGAUAGUCAAAGGUGAAACCCAAACUGUGGAUUUGUGGCCUCUUCUAGCAUCAUCCCAGCAUGCAAGUAGAAAACACGACUACUAAGUGAAUUCACUACUUUUCUAUAGUGCAGCAAUACUAUAAAUAGUACCAAUGUCUUUCUGAUGCUAUUACCACUAUAGGCUUGCCUUUUCAUAUAAGAAAGAAGGCUGGAUUUGUUUGUGUGUAGUAUUUCAUAUAAAAUUUAGAUGCAGCUGCAUGAUGGGAAGCUGCCUACUUGCUGAAGUGAAUAUCCUUUUAUAGACUAUUUUCCACCAUUAUUUGCCGUGAAUAAGUCCUUCGCUGUUGCAUACUUUCUUAUCAGCUUUGGGGCAGAUCCUCAGCUGAUGUAAAUUGUCACAGCUCCAUAAUGAAGUUAUGACAAUUUAUUCCAGCUGAGGGCCUGCCCCUGUAAAUCUGAGAACUUAGCAAGGGGGAUCUAACAAUUGUAAUAUGGAGGGGUUGCAGGUUGAAACACAGGCAGGAAUCUUCUAGAGUUGCUGAAGUGUUAGCAUGUGUUAAUUAUGGAGGUCUAAGGGGCCCCAUGAAAGAAGAGAGCCCAUUCCUGCUCAGAUUGAAGUCAUGAGAGGAGAAGCAGGUCCAAAAUUAGAACAAAAAAGGACCAGGAAAGAGAGAGAAAUCACUGUUCCUACAGAAAAAGAUUUUACAUUUCCUAUAGUUGGAUAUAAAAUGGGACACUUGAAACCUGAGUAAAAAUUAUUGGAGGUAAUGCCUGUUUGUUUUUUCAAGGUCUGUGUUUGGUUAGAGUUCAUGCAAUUUCAUUGUAUAUCUGUUUUCCAGAAGUGACCCAUUUCAGAGUUGUUUCUGGUUUAAAUCCCACCUGCAGUGGAAAUAUUAUGCCAGGACUAUAAACAGAGGGUUCAGCACAUUUUGGUUUGUUGAUUGUUCUGAUGUUAUGGCUGUGCUUUUCUUUCUAUAUCCCAUGCUUUCAGCACCUUUGCCCCUCAUUGUAUUCCUUGUAUGUAUGUUUAUAUCUCUACAUAACUAUAUCUGCUUAGAGCAUAAAAAUGAAGUAAACAGUAGAUCAAACAGUAAGAAAUAUAUAUUUAUAACAAAAAGAAAAAAGUAUAUAUUAUUAAAGUUAAGAUAUUAAUGAACAAAGGCAAGAAAAUUAGGAGUUACAGUUACUACAGAGUCUGCUACUCACUUCUUGUGCCUAGGAUUUAAAAUACCUAGGUACAGAAUUGCAUACAAAGCCAGAUUCUGCUCUUAAUUACACACCUGCAGUUCCCUUUGCAUUUUUAGUGGCACUUGUACCUGUGUAACUGUGAGCAGAAGUUUGCCCGGUGUGUUUCAUAUCCCCUAUUGCUCUGAAAUCCCCUUAUCUGGGCUGCAAUCCUACCUACAGUGGUGCCACUGCCACCACUCACUAUUUUUUUACAUGGAUACAGUCCUGUGGAAAAGCAGGUGUACAUACUUAUAGUGACCUCAGCAGAAAGCAAUAGAAGUCCUGUGAGGAAAAAAUGCAGGGCCCAAAUUCUGAACUCAGUUACACCAAUAAAAUCCCAUUGAUCUCAGAGGGUUUUCACAGCUAUAAGUGAGGGUAGAAUUGGCCCCAACUCUUGUGUGUAUCCCGAGGGAACCACCAAAUCCUGUGUGAUAUCUUAGAUGACAAUACUCACAGUAGCUUUAUCAAACAAAAACAAAGUUUUCAAGUGGCCCCCUAGAGCUUUUUCCCUUAGAUGAGAGGAAUAAAAAGAGCUGGUGACCACAAAGAAUAUGUGCAGGACUUUGUGAGUGUGUUGAACCUUUAAGUGAGGUGUAUGUGUAAUCAUACACAAUAUACUGAGAUGCACAAACUCACAAGAGGACACGCAUUUUGCUGAAGUUACAAUAAAUAUCUGAAUAGUACCAGAAACAUAUAGCAAGGUGCACUGUGAUGAAAAGUCUCUUCUGCAGUGCUAUGAAACAACUCACGAGACUGUACUUUAAAGCAGACACAUUAUGUUUCAAAUGAGAUUUAAAAUCUUCUUACACUGGAAUAGGUGAGUCACUCCUUCAAGUGAUAUUCUUUCUCUGUUAGAAAAUGACAUUGACCUUGAAUUGCUGGCCCAGGUGGACAUACCCGAGGUUCAAUGUCUGACAUUUCUGGAAAAGCCUAACAGUUUCCUGCAGCUGUUUUUCCCCUUUACCCAGGAGGUCUUGGUGCAGGCACAACACUGAAAGGAGAAAUUCAGGGAGGUAGAAAGAAGGGAGACGAGAAAUCUGACAAAAAAUAAUACAUUUUUAAUUCAAAAGAAAGUUAGAAUUGACCAGUAUAAUUAAACAAACUAGUGAAAUAUAUUUAUUCAUGCUGAUCUUCCAAGCAUUGCUUAUUUCACAUAUAUGCAGAUUAGGGUAUAUGUCAAAUGUUUGCACAGCCACAUGAGACAUAAAUAGGAUCAGGCAGUCAAAACUAACAGAAAAACUAGCAAGCAAGCAGUAGCUUCAUAGGUAAAUGUAAUGUAAUGAUGGAUUGCUAUUUAGUAGGAGAUUAUCUUUCAGGCAUGGCACAGAAAUCAUUUUAUAAAGACCGGAAGUAUUUAAUGUUCAGCUAGUUCUAUACCAAGUGACCAACAGAGCAGGCUUACAAAGGCAUUUGCUGUUUAGUUUAAAAAAAAAAAGUUCAAACACACCAGUUUGACAUUUAAAACAAUAAAGCACACAAACCAAAUUUUGAUCUCCGUUCAGUGCACUAAAGCUCUGAGUGUAGUUACUCCACAUUUAGACUAGUGCACCUACCAUAAGAAUCUGUUCCACACUCAGAAGGGGAAAAGCCACCAUUCCUAUUUACAUCUGUAACAGGAGUUGCAAUAGGAGAGCUGUGACGUGCUCUGGAGAGUGAAGUCAUUAGCAGCUGAAUAUGAUACAACAUUGUGGCAUGGUAGAGAAAGAACAAUAAUUUUUUCAAGAUGGUAUUCAGUGAAAAUGUUUCAAUCCAAUGGUCACAUAGACAAUUCUAAGGACAAUUUUUGAGUAGGCCUAGUGACUGGUAUACUGUAACUGCGUUUGUAUGCUGUGUUUAAAAUAUCUGACUCAUUCUUUCCCUUUCAAGGAAGUUGGUGGCAUUAGAUUGCCUCCAACACAUUCAUUUUGGAAGGUAUUAAAAGUGAUUCCCUGCCCCGCCCCAAGAAUAACAAAAUUUGCAGCUUCUGCUGCCUUGUGUCUAUCAGGCAAAUCCUUAUUCAAAUGAUAAUGCAAAUUUGCAUAGCUCCACUAACUUCAGUGGAACUAUGCCAGUUUCUAUCAUUUGAGGAUCUGGCCCCAUAUUUGCAAAAUUCUAUUUAUGGCCUACAAGUGUUUGCUAGUUACAGGAAAACACCAGUUGUGGAGACCACUGUGCUGGGAACUUUGGGGUAGGUAAUUUGGAUGCAUGGAACUGUGGUGCUUGGAGAUACUGCAGUGUCGACAUGCAAAAAUCUUUGCAGGAACAAACAGUUCAGGUAACAUUCACUGUAGCAUUUUACUAUGAGCCAGUUUAGUUUCCAAAUGCAGAUAGUCCUUCUGUGUCUAUGUGCCUGUCUGUAUUCUGCUUGUUUGUUCAAUUGAUUUCACUGUCUACAUAUUCCUAGAGCAUAAAAUUAAAAUACACUGGUGACACAAGUUAUUCAGAUGCUUAUCAAGAGAUCAUAUGUAAUAUCUGUUAUGGUAAUGCACCUUCCAUGUAGUGUCCAUAACAUACUCUGAAGAAUUUUGUGGUCACUAUACUUACAUUAUUGUUAUCACUAUAUGUGAAGAUCUACCAGAAAAUAAGUUACAUAUAUGAUUACCCUGAAUUCUAUAAAGAUCUGAAGUACCUAGAAAUCUUUUUUAAAUGGGAUAUUUUUAUGCAGCUAUCAUUUUGUCCACUGUAUCUUUCAAGAAAUAUGGCUGCUGAACAAUGAUACUACAAAAUGGCAUCAUGUCAUUCCAUAUUUAUUGUGGCUCAUUGAUUCUAUAUCAUGUUUAUUUUCUAACUGUCAGCCCUAAAACUCAGCCUGGGAUCUGAGAUUCAAGCUUAAAGUUCUUUCUUUCUCAUACAUCAUCACCUGUAAUGAAGUUUCUGCAGGCCAAAUUAGGCUUUCAGUGACAUUUAGGCAACCACAUUGCCUUCAGUAAUGUUACAUUACAGAUUGGAUUGGAAUGUAGUAAACACUUGUUGAUGCACAGAAAGGAAUAGAAUCCAACUCACUCAUUAAUAACUGUAUUGGUUGUGCAAGGCUAAUGGGAGUAGAAAAAAAAAUGUAAGUACCUUGGAGCUCUGACUUCAUGGAGGUCCAUUAAUAUGCUGUUUGAUAUUAGAAAUAAACAGGCUGGUACAAAUUUUGUUCCAUGACACCCAUACUGAAAUCAAUGGGGACGCAAAGGUGUAAAUGAGAGCAGAAUUGGACCUAAUCGAUGUAACAAAAAAGAUAAAAUAUUUAUUUGACUAUUGUUAUUUUGGGUGAUAUUUAUUUUAUGAAAUGCUGUUUAUUCAUAUAAACAUUGCGGAAAAAAAUUAACAAGGAAUUGGGAAAGACUGAGAUCAACUUGUU